AUGGGAACACCUUACGCUGACUACGUUCGCGCGCAAAGCUGUCGCAACCCCUGUCUCUACAACCUUUGUCAGUUUUUAGAUCGCGAAAAUAAGGAAAACGAGUGUCAAAUCACCAGCCUAGAUUUCUUCUCUGGUAAUGAAAUGCCACGAGUGGUUGAUCUCCAAAUAAUAGAUGUCGCAUCGCUUUUAAGGCACCCUGAUUGCAACAUGAACACGGCAGGGCGGAUUCUGAUUAUUGAGAAUCUCACUCGUGAUGUUGUCGAGCUCCUUGGUGUAUCUUUGAACGUCGAUCCUCCGUUUUUUGCCUCUCAUAUAUACGGUCCGACUGUUGAGAUCACAGCCUCGAAGCCUUCCAGUGCUAUCUUGCCGUCAAAGUCGAAGAAUCUCAACUUCUUGAGCAUUCAAUACCAACACACCAUACAAUUUCAUGAUGCAGUUCCUCCAAGAAAGCUUUUCCGAGACAGUAAUGUACCUAGGAAAGUUGCCAUCUUGCCGCCCACUAAGAAAACAAGUAUUGGGCUAGUUCAUUAUGCUUGUUCAGUAUUAUAUAUACGAACGGGGAACGAUAAUUGGAUCAGUAAGAUACAACACUAUUUUCGAGGGUUGCUGGUUAAUAUAUACUAGGUAUAAUACUUGUAGAUCCCCCAAUGGAAGACAAAUUCAAUUCACCAGAACAACAACUCACCCUCCAGUCAAAACCCUUCCAAGGCGGUUACGAGGAUUUCCUCGAGCGUCAAGCAUUUCCCGAUCAAGUGAACUGGGAUCCCCAACGCUCAUCACUUCGAAAAGACCUCGUCUAUUACUUCCAGAAGAAACGGCCUCCAGGUUUCAAGUCCAAGGAUCCGACGUUAUUAAGCCUCGCUUAUUACCCCCUGAAAAUUACGGCUGCGGACUGGGUCAUUUACAUUGAAGCAAGGAGCAAUAUCAUCAAACAAUAUGAGUACUCUACAGAAGCGACUCCAGGACCAACCUCCGCGGGACAAAAACGACUCACGACAAUCGACUCAGACCUACGGGCACUUCAAGUUUGGGGUCGCCGCAGUCUGAAAACGCUCUCUAAACUUCGUUCCGGUCUCCGAUUUCUAAAGUAUCGAACCAAGGAUGUACAAGAGGAUGAGUAUUUGACACUGAUCGAUGAUUACGAGCAUCUCAUAUCCAUGGUGAAUAUAUACAGGCAUCGGCUUGAGACUCUGGUACCGCUUCUCACGUCCGUCGUCCAGAUCACGGAUACGAGGAGGUCGUUGAGGGAGGCAGCUAAUGUUACAAGGUUGACGAAUUUGGCGCUAUUUUUUGUGCCGCUGUCGUUUGUUUCUAGUCUUUUUAGUAUCAAUGAGGGUGUUUCGGCCAAGGGUUAUGGGUACUACUUCGCAUUGGCGAUUCCUGUUUUUGGGAUUGUGCUUUUUCUUGCGCACCCACCGGAGUCGGUUAAGUGGUUGGGAUAUGUUGGACGAAGAGGAAGAAGUGAAUAA